AUGACCCCUACCAUAACUGGCACGUUACCUGCCUGGCACUCGGGAAGCCAUGUUGACUUCUCCAUGGAGUCCAUCUCAUGGUUCAUGCUAACCACGCAGUCUAAGCACAUGUACAAGUAUGCGUCCACACGUGUGCACACACUAUUGCUUAUCAGUGUCUUCUGCAGGUCUGCAGAAGAAAGAGAAGAGUGGCAGCACGCCGUCUCCUGGCUGACACCAAAAAAGCGGGGCUCCCCUGGAGACGCCCGAGCGUCACGAUCUAGUUCUGCCCUCCGGUUUGGGCCUCUCCACGAUUUGCCUCGAGCCCUGUUCUCCCACACCAACAGGCGGAUAUCCCUCUCAAAGCGCAGCCUCCUGCUGCCAGGAAACAUCAGUCACGCUGACCCCUUGAUGAGCCAGGCCGGCCACCAGGGACCAGUGCUGGUACCGGCAGGGCUUGACAAGGCCCCUGGGACUGGCAUAGCAUUGGAGCAGCACUGGGCUUUUUUCUGGCUGGUCUCGCUGCUGCUCUCCUCCCUGAUCUGGUUUAUUGCUGUUAAAGCCAGUGACCCCAAUGAUGAACCAUUGCAGAAGGGGCUCUUGAUAUUUGGGGUGAUGUUUUCUGUGCUGCUGCAGGAGGCCUUCCGUUUUCUCUACUACAAACUCCUCAGGAAGGCUAUUGAAGGUCUCGUGGCCCUCAGCGAAGAUGGCUGCUCCCCGAUUUCCAUCCAGCAAAUGGCAUACGUGGCUGGCGUGGGCUUUGGGCUCAUGAGCGGUGCCUUCUCCAUGAUCAAUCUCCUGGCAGACGCGUUAGGGCCUGGCACUGUGGGGAUCCAUGGGGACUCACAGCUUUACUUCUUGACCUCGGCCUUUAUGACCAUGGUGCUGAUUUUCCUUCACACCUUCUGGGGGAUCCUCUUUUUCCAUGGCUGUGAGAACCGGCGCUGGUGGGAGAUCAUGGCUGUUGUUGUCAUGCACCUUGCUGUUUCGGGAUCGACGUUUUGCAACCCCCUGUACGUGGGCAGCCUGGUGCCCUCCUACCUGCUGAUGGCUGUCGCUGCCACCUGGGCCUACCUGCUGUCAGGGGGCUCUGCCCAGAACGUGCGUCGCUUCCUGCUCUGUUCACAGAGUGGAGCCAGCCCACAGCCAGGAUCCUGAGGCCCUGUGGGAUGUUCCUGUCCCCAGCUGCCCCCUGCCCUCCCCUCCGUUCUGUCGGCUAGAGCGGCCGUCACCUUCUCUGCAAUAUAUUUUCUCCUGGAAUGGAGGACACCGGCCAGGCCCUGCGGGGCAGGUGCUCCGGUCCUGCUGCAGCAGCCAGCAGAUUGUCGUCGCUGGGGCUGGCUCGCUCCUCUGCCCCUUUGGGAGCCCCCGCAGAACAGCCCUGCUUGGGGGACUCGGCUUUGCUGGCCCUGCCAUGCUGCAACUGAAGGCUGAGUUAGCCUGCUUGGGAAGGAUGUUACCUUGGACUGCCUGAGGCCCAAGCCUGAAGAAACACAUUGCUUCUUCCCCCACCACAGAAGAUAUGGAAGAUAUGCUGUCCCCUGUGCUGGAGGGAGACAUCGCUCCUCCUCUUCCUCCUCCCCUGGGGUGGAGGAAGCAGCCUUGCAGGGCAUUGUCACGCUCUGGGCUGGGGCCAAAUGCUGUGGUGCUACUUUCUCCACCUCUUCACCCAGGCUUGCUGCACUGCGAGGCUUUGCCCUGGUGCUGAACUGUGGCAGCUGCAGUGAGUUGGCACCCCAGUGCGGGUAGGGGAGGCUGGUGGAGCGGUGGUAAGGUGCAGGGCACCAUUGGCAGCUGGCAUGGGGCGGGGAAAAGGGGGUUGGAGCUACCCAGGGUGGGAGGAGGGUGCAGUGCCUGGCAGACAUGGGCCUGGCUGGGUAGUGGCUGGCGGCUCAGGAUGACAAGUCACCCCACCCCUGGUGCCAGCAAAGCUUGGGAGGGGUGGGUGUGACAUUCAGGGGACCAUUCCAGUGGAUCAUUUCCCUCUCCCAGGGUUGGAGAGGGACUUUUCAGCAGGGCAUCAGCCCUGAGGAUGCGCUACAGGACCGGGAGGUAGAAAUUACCAUCGGGCUCAGGGCUGAGAAUGCGAUUUUGUCCACACUGGGCUUUUAUACCAAUAAAGAGAAGUAUUGGA